GUUUUGGUUGGUACGCAGUUUCAUCGAAAAGUCGCAAGAAUAUCAUUUUAAACCACUUUAAAAUUGGUCUUUGCCUUGUAAGUUCAAUAAUUUAAGAAACACUAUACAACUUUAAAUAUGAUGAAAACUAAAUGUUACUACUUUGUUUUAUCAUUAACAUUUGUCAGUAUUUUGCCAUUAAAUGCAGUUGACUGUUCUUUUAUCGCUGAUCGCUAUACAAAGAGGGUUACCCUUACAAACUUUUACAUCAGUAAGGCUGAUGAAGAAGAAAAAUUGCCUGAUUUAAUUGAAAAAUUUAUUCGUGGAGAUGUUUCGUCGGAAGAAAUAUCUUAUAUGUUUGCUGUACCAGAAAAAGCAAACCGUCACUUACAGCACUCCAUACGUCGAGAGAAAAUUAUUCGAAACGUGUUAUCUAAUCUCAUGGAAGUUCCUGUGCCUUCUAAAACGGUCGGAGUUCCAGAUAUGACCUUAUUACCAGGUCUUGGAUUUCAAAGAAGGGAAUUAACUAAAGAUGCUAUACGGUCUUUAAUAUUUAAACUAUCAAGUGUCCCGGCUGAAAUUAUUGAUAGAUUUUUGUGUCGCUCAAUUGGAUUACUCAGAAGUGUACAAGACCCUGAUUCAUUUAUAACUUCUGACGUUAUCGAACGCGGCACAUGUAACCUAAUUUCCACUAUAGGCGACGUUGUAAAAAGCAGCAAAUACAAAUAUGUUGAUGGCGUAGUUCUUCAAGUUGAGAUCGGUGGUACCAAUCAAACUGAACCACUUUUUAAUCAGCUGGAGUAGUAAUACAGACCUGUAAGGUGUACGAUUUAUAUAUUGUUUAUGAUUAUAUACAAAAUGAUAUCAUACAUUUUAUUAUCAUAGUAUAAUACUUGAAAUAAUGUUUUAAUACCUCACUUACAUACCAUUUGUAACAAAAAUA